CUCUCCUUCACUCUUGAUCACCACAAUGUCUCUUUCUAACAAGCUCGCUGUGACCGACCUUGACCUCACGGGCAAACGCGUGCUCAUUCGCGUGGACUUCAAUGUCCCUAUGCAGGACGGCAAAAUCACCAACCCCGCCCGUAUCGUUGCAGCGCUGCCGACGAUCAAAUACGCUCUCGAGAACGGCGCGUCCACGGUUAUCUUGAUGUCUCAUCUUGGUCGCCCAGAUGGACGGCCGAACUCCAAAUAUUCCCUCGAGCCUGUCUCCCAUGAACUCUCUAAGCUCAUCAGCAAGCCUGUUACUUUUCUUUCUGAUUGUGUGGGACCCGAUGUUGAGAAGGCUGUCUCCUCCGCUACACAAGGCUCCGUCAUUCUCCUCGAGAACUUGCGGUUCCAUAUUGAGGAGGAAGGUUCCGUCAAGAACAAGGAUGGAACAAAGACUAAGGCUGAUCCAGCAAAGGUCACUGAGUUCCGGGAGGGUCUCACAAAACUUGGGGAUGUCUAUGUGAACGAUGCAUUUGGUACCGCUCAUCGUGCCCAUUCAAGUAUGGUUGGCAUCAAGCUGCCUCAGCGUGCUGCUGGAUUCCUCGUCAAGAAGGAGCUCGAAUUCUUUGCUAAAGCACUCGAGAGUCCCGAGAGGCCUUUUCUCGCUAUCCUUGGGGGUGCUAAGGUCUCCGACAAAAUCCAGUUGAUUGACAAUAUGCUCGACAAGGUCGAUUCGCUCAUCAUUUGUGGCGGCAUGGCCUUCACGUUCAAGAAAACUCUUGAAGGUGUUUCUAUCGGAGACUCCCUUUUUGAUGCUCCUGGAUCCGAGAAAGUUGCCUCUCUGAUCGAGAAGGCUAAAAAGAAUAAUGUCAAGCUUGUCUUCCCCGUUGAUUACAUCACUGCGGAUAAAUUUGACAAGAAUGCAAACACGGGAAUUGCCUCAGAUGUAGACGGUAUUCCAGACGGAUGGAUGGGCCUUGAUGCAGGUCCCAAGAGCCGAGAGAUUUAUCGUCAAGCCGUCCUGGAGGCUAAGACGAUCUUAUGGAAUGGCCCGCCUGGUGUCUUUGAGUUCCCCGCUUUUGCUGAAGGAUCAAAGUCGCUCUUGAAUGCCAACGUCACUGCCGCCCAGAAUGGUUCCGUCGUCAUCGUCGGUGGCGGCGAUACCGCGACUGUUGUUGCUCAGUAUGAUGCGGAGGACAAGUUAAGUCACGUCAGCACCGGUGGGGGUGCCAGUCUUGAGCUUCUUGAGGGCAAGACGUUGCCGGGUGUUGCAGAGUUGAGUGAGAAGUAGAACGGUUGAUAACAAGUAUGAAACAAGAAGAAACGAAGAUGAAGAGGUAUCGCUUGUUCUGUAAACCGUGAUGCCAUAUAUCACAGACUGUAUUUUUCGUACGGGAUCACAGGGCGACCAUCGGCAACUGAC